GGCUAUGGCUAAAGAGUGGCUGUUAUGGCUGACCUUGUCAGCCAUCGUAGCUGCUUGGCACAGCGAGGCAAAGUCUGCUGUGAACACGUUCUCCUCGAUGUCCCAGAUUCCUGAAAAAAUAAUAGGUGUGAGUCCCAUCCACAACGGCCAGGUUUGCAGUACGUGGGGCAACUUCCACUUCAAGACCUUUGAUGGAGAUGUUUUCCAGUUGCACUCCACUUGCAACUACGUCCUGACCUCUUCGUGCAGGGGCACUUACAAGGACUUCAACAUCCAGAUAAGGAGACAGGAGGCUGGCAGCCAUCACACCAUCAAAAGCAUCAUUAUGAAGUUGGAGGGUUCAGUAGUGGAGCUCUCUGAGGGCUCAGUGGUCGUUGAUGACAAAUCAGUCGUCCUACCAUUCAGUCAUGCAGGGGUGCUCAUUGAGAAAACUCCCACCUACAUCAAAAUCAAAGCAAAGCUGGGAUUAGUUGCUAUCUGGAAUGAGGAGGACUCUUUUCUGGUGGAACUAGACCCGAAGUACAAGAACCAAACCUGUGGUCUUUGUGGAGACUUUAACGGGGUCCAGCUCUACAAUGAGUUCUACAGCCAUGGUGUGAAAAUAUCCCCCCAGGAUUUUGCUAACUUCUGGAAAAUGGAUGGGUCCAACUGAAAGCUGCUCUGACUACACACUGGAUUCAACACAAAGCUGCAACAACAUGAAACCUCUGUGUGAGCAGAUCCUUACAGGGCCGGCCUUCACAGCUGUCACAGUCUGCUGGAUGUUGACUCCUUCACUUCAGCCUUGUGUUGCAGACCUCUGCCACUGUGGCAAUCCCAUAGAUGAACACG